AUGCUCAAGUUAUACGGUUUUUCCUCUUCCGUGUACACGCGCCUUGUCGCUCUCGUCUGCAAGGAGAAGAAUAUUCCAUAUGAGUUGAUCGAUGUCAACUUGGCCAAAGGUGAUCAUAAGCAGCCGGCUUUCACCGCGAACCAGCCUUUCGCAGAGGUCCCAUACAUUGAUGAUGAAGGGUUCAUCCUAUACGAGUCCCGUGCGAUUGCAAGAUACCUGAUCAAGAAAUACCCCAACCGGGGCGCUCCUUUGAUCCCUACCGACCCGAAGGCUGAGGCCCUGUUUGAACAAGCAGCCUCGAUCGAGGUGUCCAACUUCACCGCCUUUAUCGCGCCAAUUGUUGCUGAAAAAUUGUUCAAUCCACGCCUUGGUUUGGAACCAAAUGAGGAGCGUGUCAAGGAGCUGUUGGCCAGUCUCCAGCCGAAGUUGGAUGCGUAUGACUUGAUCCUCAGCAAACAGAAGUACCUGACUGGUGACCACCUGUCGGAUAUUCAGUCUGUCACGCUCGCCGAUUUGGCGCACUUGCCAUAUGGCACUUUCUUUUAUGAAGUUGGCUUUGCUGAGGUGUUUGACAGCAGGCCUAACUUUUCGAGGUGGUGGAAGGACAUCUCUAACUGGCCUGCUUGGCUCGCCAGUCAAGGAUGUUUGAUGUCUUCGUCUCAAGGAAAACAAGAACUAUGCUACUUGUGUUAUGUUGAGGAUCGUGCGGUUGACUUGGAGCAAAACUGA